AUGACGUUCUCAGAGGUGGGAAUGACGUUCUCAGAGGUGGGAAUGACGUUCUCAGAGCGUGGGAAUGACAGCGUGGGAAUGACGUUCUCAGAGGUGGGAAUGACGUUCUCAGAGGUGGAAAUGACGUUCUCAGAGGUGGGAAUGACGUUCUCCGAGCGUGGGAAUGACAGCGUGGGAAUGACGUUCUCAGAGGUGGGAAUGACGUUCUCAGAGGUGGGAAUGACGUUCUCAGAGAGCGUGGGAAUGACGUUCUCAGAGGUGGGAAUGACGUUCUCAGAGGUGGGAAUGACGUUCUCAGAGAGCGUGGGAAUGACGUUCUCAGAGGUGGGAAUGACGUUCUCAGAGGUGGGAAUGACGUUCUCAGAGGUGGGAAUGACGUUCUCAGAGGUGGGAAUGACGUUCUCAGAGGUGGGAAUGACGUUCUCAGAGGGAAUGACGUCAGAGUGGAAUGACGUUCUCAGAGAGCGUGGGAAUGACGUUCUCAGAGGUGGGAAUGACGUUCUCAGAGAGCGUGGGAAUGACGUUCAAGCUCAGAGCGUGGGAAUGACGUUCUCAGAGGUGGGAAUGACGUUCUCAGAGCGUGGGAAUGACAGCGUGGGAAUGACGUUCUCAGAGGUGGGAAUGACGUUCUCAGAGGUGGGAAUGACGUUCUCAGAGGUGGGAAUGACGUUCUCAGAGGUGGGAAUGACGUUCUCAGAGCGUGGGAAUGACGUUCUCAGAGGUGGGAAUGACGUUCUCAGAGCGUGGGAAUGA